UCUUCGGCUUCAAUGAAUUUAACCCCCCUUCUGCCCGUUCUCCUCUGCUGAGCUUUGGGGGAUUCGUGUUCUUUUCAUGGUGGUGGUUUAGGAUUGGGGGCGAUGGCCGUUGAUCUGUUGGGGUACGCGAAGAUGGACGAGCAGAUGGCGAUCCAGGAGGCGGCGACGGCGGGGCUCCGGUCCAUGGAGCACCUUCUCUCCCAACUCUCCCACCAUCACCAACAGUCGCCGCAGCUCGACUGCCGCGAGAUCACUGAUCUCACCGUCUCCAAGUUCAAGAAGGUCAUCUCUAUCCUCGACCGCACCGGCCACGCCCGAUUCCGUCGCGGCCCGAGCCUCGCCCCGGCAGUGGAGCCAGCGCCGCGGGCCGUCGCCCUCACCCCGGCCAAGCCGCCUCAGCCCCCGAUCCCUCCGCCUCCGCGGAGCAUGACCCUGGACUUCACGAAGCCGAUCGCUGCACCGUCCCUCGUCGAGGCCUCCGGCAGCCAGUUCACGGCGGAGGGCUUCAGCAUCUCGACGUCCAUCACCGGCGACGGCAGCAUCUCCAACGGCAAGAUCGGAUCCGCUUCCCUCCUCCUCCACCCCGCCGCCGUCUCCACCGGCAAGCCGCCUCUCUCCUCCUCCUUCAAGAAAAGGUGCCACGAGCACGCCCACUCCGAGCACCUUACCGAAAAGCAUGCCAUCCCCGGCGGCCGAUGCCACUGCUCCAAGCGUAGGAAAUCGCGGGUGAAGAGAACGAUACGCGUGCCGGCGAUCAGCCCGAAGAUGGCCGAUAUCCCACCCGACGAGUACUCGUGGCGGAAGUACGGGCAGAAGCCCAUCAAGGGCUCCCCUUACCCGAGGGGCUACUACAAGUGCAGCAUCCUCAGGUGGUGCCCGGCGCGGAAGCACGUGGAGCGGGCGCUCGAUGACCCGACGAUGCUGAUCGUGACGUACGAGGGCGAGCACUGCCACGGCCGCGGCACCGCUGCGCCGCCCGAGACCGCCGAUGCUCCCGUUGCGGCCGUCUGAUGCACGAGACCUCUCCGUUUCCUCCUCCUCUUUUAAAUCGACUUGUAAAAAGGCGGAAAAUUCAAAAAUGUUCGAGAAAUUUGACGCGGUCGAAUUCAGAUCUCAAAAUUACUUUUACGCUCAGUGCUACUUUUACGUCCUAUUUGGUGAAAAUUACGCUGCGCAAUGGAGGCAUUCAACUUGGCAGACUCUCUGUGGAUGUGGAAUACAUGGUUAUAAAUUGGGGUGACAAUAUCUAUUAUGUGAAACACA